GAAUAAAUGCCAAAGGGAGGAGCUACAUCGUUGAUAAGAGUGACUGCUGGACUUCGAGGAGAUCUCGACGAAUUUCUCAAAGCGUUUCUGGAUAAGAAUACUCAGAGAUUUUCCGACUAUGAGAAGCUGUUUCAACACCUCGGAAUGAUCCAACUUCACAAUGGGAAGUUUGAGAGUGCACAGAUUAUUGAGUUCAACGAGCAACUCCUCGUCAAUUGUCUCACGUAUAUGGAGGAAAACGUGUGUGUCGGAGUCCCACGAAGUUUGGAAGAGCAGCUAUUUGGUCUCUACUCGUUAUACACGUUUUUCUACACGCAGGUCUCCGGACAUGCUGUGAAAAUUCGUGUCGAACCGGACACGGUUCUGAACUUCUCAAGACUCACACAACUCGUUCUCGACGAGAAAAUCUACGACGCUUACGCAAUCUGCCAGAAAUUGCUAGAAGAUCAGGCGUUCAAGUUCGUGGCGUUCCUUCAUGCGAAUGACCCGACACUGUUCAAGCGAUUCGGACAAGACAAUGAAGCGAACCCAGCCAAGACUCUUGUGAAUUUAAACGAUCCGCUGGGUAGAUUCAAAGCGCUCGUGGAAUCUCCGGUGUUUGCAAAGCUCGGAUUGAUCCACAAUGAAUAUGCCCGUCUGAAAGAGGAAGCUGGAAUUGUAUUAGAUAGAUUCCCACUGUUGAAUAUACAAGAAACAUGCAAAAAGAUUCUAGAAAAAGGUGCAGACGAAUUGAAGGGUCAAUUGAGUCUCCAGAUUCAAAGUGCCAAUUCUUCUUCACCAUUGUGCUCCACACCUCCUACAAGAUCCGAGAUAAAGGAGAAGGCGUAUGGAUCAGGAUUAAAGUUGACACGAUCCAGAAGACACUGCACCACAUCUGUCACGAAACUUCCAUCUGUGAAAUUUGGCUUCAAAUCGAUCGAUUCGGUCGACGAGAUCAGCAAAACGGCGAAACGUAGGAAAGUUGUCGACGGCGGAGCUCCAUCGAUUCCAAAAGAUGAUAUUCUACCAUCGAAUCCGCCUGUAAAACGAUCACGACAGAAAAAAUCGUCGUCUAUUCCGAAGACUGCGUGCCCUGAAAUAUUGCUUGCAGCUGAAGAGAAGAAGAACGCUGUACCCGAUGAUAUUCUGCAAUUGGCCUCCUCGAAACCAGCCAUCAAUCUUGAAUCGGGUGAUGCUGAAGUGUUGAGCAACGGAAGGUCAUGUUCAGAGCCUUUAUACAAUGACGAAUCCAAUGGGAACUUCGACAUCAGCUACGAUUCCAGUGAUGAUCUAUGCAUCGUAGAGUGAUUCGAAUUUCCAUCUUUGAUCAAUCUGUUCCAUGUAUUUUUCAACUUUUUUUUUAUACUUCACGUUUUAUACCUUGUCCCAUCAUAUCAUUGUUCAAUAUUACUACCCGAUACUAGCCGAAUUGCUUUUAAAGCAAAAUGAUGGUAGAAAAAUUACCACUUUUAAACUAAAAAUUCCGAUCGAAUAAAAUAUUUCCUUUUUU